AUGAAGCCCGCGUGCGUUGUGGCUUUCUUGUUUGCUUUGGCUUUCAAGGCCGGGGUGUCUGCCGACACCCUUCGGGUCGACGCCGGAACAGACGUCGCGGAUGCCGGAGGAGCGGAAACCGCGGAAGCGUGCCAGUCUGGGAGCCUGAUCCAACGCCUGAGCUCAUCCCAUAAGGUGCUGUCCGACACGGAGGCGAUGCCAGCGGAGUCCCUCAAGAAGACACCAGAGAUCAAGGAGAAGAAGAAGAAGAUGAUGAAGAAGCAAAAGUCGGACAAGAAACACUCGGAUUUCAUGGCCUUUCUCGCCGAGGCAAAAAAGGAUGGGCCUGGGCACCCUGAGGGCUCUGAGUGCGAGCCGGCAGGAGCCCUGCCUGCGUCACGCGUUGUGUGCGACUUUCGCAUGCCGCCUCGGCCCAGAGCUCCGCUAUUGGGCGAGAACAGGGCAAAGUUCGAGCUGCUUUCGCAAAAGGUCUCCGCCCUCGACCUGGACCCUGUCCUCGCCCGCCUUGUCAAGAAGAACGAUUACGCGCCCAAGCUUGCGAAGAGGGCCGCUGAUGAGUACCGGAAGUUCCUUGUCUUGAUGGGCAUGGGGGAGACACCGAUCGCCUCCCAUAUGGUUCUCGACGCCUGGCAUUCACACAUCAUGCCGCCAGUGCCUGUAAUUUCGCGCGAGACCAGGUACACGAAGAUGUACGAGCGGGACUGCCAGGAGGUAUUUGGCCACCAGCUGGAACAUGACCCCCUUGGUCAGCAAUUGGAAGAAAGUCGCCUGAAGCAGACGCAGCAGCAGAUCUGUGAUUACUUCGGCAUGGUUGACCGACUUGUGUGGUCGGCAGCAAAGCCAGCUGCUCUCUCGGAGAGCACGGACCCUUCUGACACAGCGGCCAUCAUGGAUCAGUGGCUGGACCACAUCAACGAGGAGGUUGAACUCCGCAAAGGUCUCCUGGCAGAGAACGUCCACGUGAUGGUGGCUUCACAGCACACCAACACGGCCGUGACGCACACGGGCCUCGAGAACGCUCUGUCCUUCUUCCACCACUACAGCCAUGCCACCAGAGCCCGGAAGUUCCUGUCCGUGGACCACGAGGCCUUUGCCAUCGAGAUUGAGAAGGGCAAGCGCAUGGGGGCCGACAUCUUCGAGGUGGACUCCGAGGGGAAGAUUCUGGACGUGAAGAUCUUCAUGGCCACCCUUUUCAAGGACGUAGACGACCUCAACGACGCAGGGCUCGAGAAUCUCACCUUGCACUACACAGGCAACGGAUCCAUGGCCAGGAACACUUACCCCCUACAAGCCAGGAUCUCAGUGGUGCUGUAG